AUGUGCGGCGAGUCGGUGUCCUGCUCCGUCAGCUUCGAGGCGCUGGUGCAGAACCCGCUGAACGUGUUCCACGUCGAGGUGGCCAUCCAGGACAUCAACGACAACGCGCCGCGCUUCUUGCAAGAUAAUUUCCAGCUCGAGAUCAACGAGUUGACUUCUCCCGGCGCCCGGUUUUACUUGGGCGUGGCGGAAGACGCAGACGUGGGCAGCAACUCGCUGCAGGGCUACGAGCUGGAGGCCAACGGGUACUUCGCGGUGGAGGUGAAGGAGAGCCAGGACGGCAGCAAGUUCGCGGAGCUGGUGCUGCGCCGCGCGCUGGACCGGGAGAGCGAGCAGAGCCUGCGGCUGGUGCUGACGGCGCUGGACCACGGGCAGCCGGCGCUGUCGGCCACGGCCACGCUGCACGUGGUGCUGGCCGAGAGCUUGCAGGAGGCGCUGCCGGAGCUGAGCGACAGAGACGCUGUAUCCGAGCUGACGUCUGAUCUGAACCUCAUUCUUGUAGUGGCCCUCGCUGUCGUGUCGUUGUUAUUCGUUUUGACAGUUAUUUUGAUCAUGUUCUUUAAAUGCCGAUCGUCGAGGAGCCCUCCUGUUUUUAUAACUUCUGAUAAGGAGCUGUAUUCCAGCCUGGGGUCAAACGCACCCUACAACUACUGUAGCAGCACGUUGCCCUUGCCCUACUCCUACGAGGUGUGUUUAGACUCCGAGUCAGGCCAGAAGGACUUCACAUUUCUGAGACCAGGGGCGGUAGCGCUAUCUGAGCGUCUCCUGGGCGUGGAACCUGGCUUAGGCACUCACUCCGGGAAUGCGUCUCCCAGCCCAGAGAGCUCGGCACAGACGUCGCCGUCCCUUCCUUAUCAUUCUCGGCUGCGGGAAGACACCUAG